AUGCAAAAGGCCGCGCCUGGUCUAACAGACUUUGUCUACGCUCCGCUUGUAUCUACAGGAAUGCGCAGCCCCGGCAACCCAACCAUGUACGACGACGCAAUUGGAAUCCGCGAGGUCAUUAGGCCACUUGUCGAGGCAGGAAAACGACUCGUGCUUAACGGCGAGGCACAAUGUCGCGAUCCAGACAACCUCUUAUUCCACGAUGUUGACAAAGAUGUCGCCACCAUAUACCAGCCGUUACUCAAGUGCCAACCUGCUGAGGGGUGGGUUGGGAAAUGCACAUAUUGCGGGUGGGAGAAGGUUCCAAGCAGCUAUCUGCUGACCGAGCAUGAUCGGGUCCUCUCCCCGCGAGUGCAGGAGAUAUGUGCUGGAAUUUCGGGGUCAGAGGUGAUUAGGAUUCCGGCCGGCCACUUGCCCAUGUUGAGUGACCCUAAGAUGCUGGCUGAGAAGGUGGUUUCUUGUUUGAAGCUGGACAGUGAUUAA